AUGUUUAUUCGGUGUAUUUUGUUUUUAUUUUUUCUAGGACCUAUUACUGCUGAAUACCCCUUCCUUUCUUCGUCGGGAUCUUGCUCUAUACCAAAAUUGAAUAAUGGUAGAGUCAAAGUGCGACAACGAUCUCGACUCGUCAGGUUUAUGUGCUCUCCUAGAUAUACUCUAGUUGGUAAUAAGUACGCCACAUGUAGGAAUGGGCAGUGGGACGUGCAAAUACCUGUUUGUAUAAGUACUGGUUGCCCACCUAUACCGCCUGUGAAAAAUAGUAUACAAAUACCAAGUUAUGACAAUGCUUGGGUCAUAUUCUUCUGUCUGCCAGGAUACAAGCUUAAGGGCUCUGAGUCAAUCUACUGUGAUGGAAGAAGGUGGAAUACUUCAGCUCCUACAUGUGUCGAUUCAAAAGCGAAGCCACAACUUAGCUGCAGUUUCGAAGACCCUGACCUCUGCGGGUGGACCAACUCUGAACUCCACGAUUUUGACUGGGAGCGAUUGAAUGAGGCAACACCAAGCUCGUUUCUUAAGACAGGACCUUCGUAUGACCACACUUUCGGAAAAGGCGGAUCAGGUUAUUAUAUGUACAUUGAAACUACAUCAAGAUAUGAGAACGAUGCCGCUCGCCUCAUCUCGCCGGUAUACGACCGUAGUCUUUUGAAAGACGGAUGUUUUUCAUUCUUCUACCACAUGUAUGGCAACGCUACCGGUGGUUUAAAAGUGUACAUAAAGCCAGAUUUCUUAGAUUUAGAAAAGCUAACGAAACCAGGCGAGCUAAACAAAAAGUACAAUUUGUUCGAAAAAUGGGGAAACUUGGGUGAUAUCUGGUUCAACUCUGUGACUCCGUUGCCGGAUGUUGGCGAUAAUUUUCAGAUCGUAAUAGAAGGUAUUCGGGGAAGUAGCUACACUAGCGACAUCGCUAUCGACGACGUCGCCAUACUGCAGGGUACCAACUGCACAUCUGCUGAAGUAGCCGCUACUACACCACCUACUAUAGAUAUAUCGGAUUCCUGUGUGGGUCGGUGUCUAACAAACGACACUGUGGGCAGUGUCGGCUGCAGCUGCUCUACGAGUUGUUUCUUAGCGGACAAAUGCUGUUUUGACUUCUUCGACAUGUGUAUUUUUCUACCAGAUAGCGCGGGGGAAGCUGCGACCGAAUCUGAAAUAGUUCCUCAAACUCAAAAACGCAUAGCUACCACGCCUGAAACCACCUCAACCUCAACCACGACUUCAACUUCAACAACUACAACAACAACCCCAAAACCGACCACCACUACAACAACUACAUCAACAACAACCACCACAACACCACGUACAACAAUAAAAACAAGACAAAAAACAACAACCAUUAAAACCAACACCAAGUCCACUAGUACUACUACACGAACACCCUCAACUAUUAAACCAGUUGCGAAAACAACAAAAGCAUCAAUAAAAACAACACCUAAAAUAACAACAAUCCCCACUACAAUAAAAACAACAACACAAGCAAUAAAAACAACACCUAAAAUAACAACAAUCCCCACUACAAUAAAAACAACAACACAAGCAAUAAAAACAAAACCUUAUACUACAUCUACAACUUCUACGCCAAUUCCAACAAAGUCUACAACCAAUUUGCCGUACGGAAUCUCAAGAACCAUAGAAAAUCACAACGAUUAUCACGAUAUUUUGGAAAAGGCAAGAAAGGAAAAGGAAGUGGAAUUAAGAAAAGCUCUUCCUUUACAACCACACGAUACUCCAAAAGGUGGUGUAAGUGGAUGGAAAAUACUCUUAAUAAUAAUAAGUAUAGUUGCGUGUAUGGGGACUGUGUCUUGGCUGGUUUUAGUCGCACGAUCGUCGCGCGGCCGCGAGGCCAUUUCGCGGCUACGAGGCCAUGUCAGCCACGACCCAGAAGUACGGUUUCUAUCAACAGACGUUGAUGAUGAU